AUAAUCUGUUGGCUCCGAUCUGCUGCUGCCACACCCUGUGCUUCUCAUGGUCCCCGGGUCCUAUUGCAAUUAGCGUGUGCUUGCUUCUCAACAAAAUCACCCUGGAAAGGGGCUGCUCUAGAAGAGGUUGCUGAAUGCAAAAUGGAUUUUCCUCCCUGCUCUUUGGGGUGAAGCUGGCUCAGGGAUUCUUGGCUGCAGUGGGAGGGGCUGGCUGGCCUGGACCGCAGCUAGACUUAGCCAUCAUGAGUUUUCUGGUUUUCAUUAAAAUUCUCUGGCUGCCUUUCGAAUUGCUCCAUCAGUUAUGACUGCGCUGGAGCUGAUUGUGCUGUUCUCUCAGCUACACACACCCAUCGAAUCAAAUGACUUUGAGGAGGAGAGAAAAUUGAAGCUGUGUAAAUGAGUAUGGAAGAUUAUGAUUUCCUGUUUAAAAUUGUUUUAAUUGGCAAUGCCGGUGUGGGGAAGACGUGCCUAGUCCGACGGUUCACUCAGGGUCUUUUCCCCCCAGGUCAAGGAGCCACAAUUGGAGUUGAUUUUAUGAUUAAGACAGUGGAGAUUAAUGGUGAAAAAGUGAAGCUUCAGAUCUGGGACACAGCAGGUCAAGAGAGAUUUCGAUCCAUUACCCAGAGUUAUUACCGAAGCGCCAAUGCCCUAAUCCUCACCUAUGAUAUAACUUGUGAGGAAUCCUUCCGCUGCCUUCCUGAGUGGUUGCGGGAGAUAGAACAAUAUGCCAGCAACAAGGUCAUCACUGUGUUAGUCGGCAACAAGAUUGAUCUGGCUGAAAGGAGAGAGGUUUCCCAGCAGAGAGCCGAAGAAUUCUCAGAAGCUCAGGACAUGUACUAUUUGGAGACCUCGGCCAAGGAAUCAGACAAUGUGGAGAAACUCUUCCUUGACUUAGCAUGCCGCCUCAUCAGCGAAGCCAGGCAGAACACACUUGUGAACAAUGUAUCCUCGCCCUUACCUGGAGAAGGGAAAAGUAUCAGCUAUUUGACUUGCUGUAAUUUCAACUAAAGGCUGAGUGAGCAGCAGCAGAAAGAACCAACAGCUGCCCUGAUGGAUUACAGAUUGCUGGGGAGAUCUGGCGAUGACUGUGGCUUCUGCUCUCUGCGGACCUUCUGUGGGUGCCCGAACUUACAAAGCAUGGCAGGCCCAGAGCCUUGUCCACAGGCUGGCUUUAGCAGAACAUAUACUGGUUUCACCCUUUUGCAGGCUGGAGUCAGAGCAAGGAGAACAUUGUACUUGCGGCUCCAUGCUCUGCAGAGCAUGUUUUUUUUUUUUUUUUUUUUUUUUUAAAGCAAGUAAAGGCGCAUUCCUGAAGACAGUCCAGGGAGAACUUUACAUAGGGAACCCCCUACACACCAGUGGUUGCAUGUGGGGCGGUUCUCUAGGGCUUCGGGGAGCCCAGGUUUUCUUGUCUACUGGAUAAACCAAAACUGGAAAGGCCAAGUACUGCCUCUGGUGUGUGUUGAUGACUCCAUGGAGAUUUUCAAAAGUGUUAUUUCUCUUAUCCACAGGCACUUUCAAGAACUUUGGGAUGUAAAAAAUGAAAUGAAACCUUUACCCAUGACCAACAAUAACAAUCAUUGUUUUAAUAAUCUAUAUGCCACUCCUCUUGGUGCUAAUGAUUCUGCUCUUUCACAGACCAAAUGUUUUAGUACAUUGAUGUCCUUAAAUGUAUUAAAUAGAAAUUACAGAAACAAAAAACAGCAGGGGGAAGUCCAUGAAUCAGCACUCUUUCUCAAAGUCUCAUUACUCCUUUUUCUAGGGUGGAUUUAUUGGCGAGGUAAUCUGUUACCCUUUAUAUCCCCUCUAAAUUUCUGCCAUUUUCUUUUAUUCUCCCAUUUUGCCUGCCCUUAAGCAAAUGAAAAGUUUGAAAAAUGGGUGAAAUGAAUGGCUGAUGAUAUGCUAACAUAAAAGAUUAGUUCAAAGACAUUAGGAGUAGUUUGAUAAAACAGACCUGAUCUGACCAAAAUACUGGGGGUGAGUGAAAGAGAGGUGCAGUGUUCUAAGCUGAACAUCCUUGAGAGCCAGUCACGACUCUUCCUCCUGGUUCCACCCACCUUGGACAGACCCAGGAUUUUGUACAUGUUUUCAGUAGACGUGAGAAUAGCAACAGAUGAAAAGUCUCAUGAACCAUUUUUAUUUUAUCUUCAGUGAUAAUCUUAGAAAAAUUUUGCUCGUGGAAGGUUAAACUGUCAUUUGUCACCUCAGACUCAUGUCCUAUGUUCUGUUUCUUUUCUCUUUUCCUUCUUUCCUGGCCUUACCCCUUCUUUCUACCAUUCUUCCCUCCCCACCUUUCCUGGGUUGUUACUGCAAUCUCUUGCUCAGUUUUAAAACAGUAACACAAAAUGGAUGAUGUGCUGCUUCUUUAUGUGACUGCUUUUUUAGUGCCAUCCUUUGAUACUUUCUAGGUUUGUUCAUUGAUAGUAAUACUAACUCAAAAUAAUUGAACCUGUGUGCAGAUUGAAGCUGUCAGAUGUUUCUGUAGCUUUCUGUAGCAUAACUGAGGGAUGAGUAAUAGAAUAUGAUUUGUAAUUCCACUGCUGCUAUGGAUGUUGCGAUCUUGACCCUGUUAUGUUAAUAUCUGAAAAUAUUUAAUUUUAAAGAAAUGAGGUGUAUCAAGACACAAUACUGACAAAGCAUUUGUAAUAUUUCUUUAGCAAGUUUCAGAGUGGCCAGUCCCUUGCUCAUGGGCAUAAUUGCUUAAGGGAUUGAUAUUUUGGGUGGCUGUUGCUGUGUUUGUUCUGAUCCUAUGGGGAAGAGUAAGAGAUCCCUGAUGUUUAAAUUGCCUUUAUUUUAGAACACGUCUCUACAGGAAAGAAAAAUCAUUUUAGAAAAUUUCAGCCAAAAUCUGUAAUAGUAGUUGCUGUUCCCUUCCCAGUAAACCAGUAAGUAAAGGUAUUCAGAUAACAAGUCCAGGGUGGGCAGAGGAGCUCUUUUUAAGCUGUAGGAAAUUGUCCCUAGGUUUAACUUUAUUAUCUUUAAUUUAGGUCCCAAAUCCAGUUACCCCUGCAUGUCAUGACCGAACCUUUUCUCACAGCAGCAAGUGUCUUGAAAAUAAAAUUGCUUUGUAAACUUAGAGGAAAGGACUUCAUUAGAUUAGACAAAUUUAGUUGCAAAAUAACAGCUUCUAGCUCCAUACUUGCAUUCUGAAAUUCCUAUUCCCUGGGCCUCAGCCACCACUAUUACCCUUGACCAGUUGCAGAAGGGGAUUCAAAAGCUCUGCUCUUGGCCCCUUUUCCUGUUACUCCUCACAGCCUUUCUGUAAUUUGCAAUCACCCAUCCAUGGCUCAUUAGCAGGUUAGCAUGAGAACAUAGGGCUUUUUUCCCCUUAGAUGUGUGAAUUCCAGAUUAGGCCUUAUAUUCACUGAGGUAUCUCAAGUUUGAGAAUAAUCCCUGACAGUAUUGUAGGUACUCAUUAAAAAUUAGUUGAAUAAAUGACUUAGUGCCAAGAAGAGCUUCUCCAGUUAAAUAGCAAUUCACAAUUAGAAUUUAAAGGAAGAACAUUAAUUAAAUCUGGUCAUUUUAACCCAGCUAGAACCUAAACUUACUGACUUGCCUAUUAGAUCUAUUGUUUUGGUAAUAUUUACUAAGAAGCACUUUCAUAAAUAAAAUUUCUCAUUUUUUGGCGGAUGCAAAAGCGAGUUGCUUUCUCAUACUUCAGCUUCACUUGGUCUGACUAAUGAGAAUACCAGAAUCCAUGUCUGCUUCCAUUUAUGGUAUGGUUUAUUUUGCUCUUUUAAUAAAGUUACUAAAUAUAUGGCCAAACUUUUCAAUUUCCAGUGACUGUGCUUCAUGUUCAUGUCAUGGAGUCAGGUUUGGGGGAAGCCAUGAAAUCAUUUAAUUUGCUGAUAAUCAUAUUUUAUUAUGACUUUGUGUAGAUUGUAUCCUCACAGGUGGUUAUGCUUUCUCCUUUCUCUGUGCAAAGUAUUUUACUCCUUUACAUGCUUUUGUUAUACCUAUUUGAUUAUGUUUUUAAUUAUAGACACUAUUGAUUAUGUUUUAAUUAUAGACACCAUUAUCCUUUCUAUGGAUUACUUAGAUUAGACCGUUGACUUUUUCUGUUCUUUCUCAUGUUUGCAUCUCCCCUUCAGUAAAGUGGCAAGAACUAAAAAUGGAAGUGCAAUGGGUUGACUUGACAAUGUGUCUAUUUUUGAUUUAGAGUUUGGUAAGAAAGAUAAAAUUCACUGACCAAAAUAAGCUAUUAGAACUAGUAUUAUUUACUUUAAGCUCUUUAGGCAUGUUGGAGUAAGAAGGCAGAGUUUAAUGAAAGUCUGAAUUCUUUUUUCUUCUGUUCAUGAUAUAUGACAUUGGAGGACACAGGUGACCAGUGUUAGAGCAAUGAUUUGACUCAUUUACCCUUUAAACUAUUCCCUGCUCCAUCUAGAUUCAGCAUCAGCUUUCAGUUAAAUAAUAAUUGUGAAAAAGUACCAGUUGUGAGUGAUUUUGAAUUGGCCUUCUGAUUAAAGUGAAAACAUCCUUUUAACAAGACCAAGCCACAUGAAUAUUUCUUCUUAUAACCAGAAAAAACAAAAAAAACUGCUUAAUUUUUUCCACAUAUCAAACCAAUGACUUUAAAGGGAGACAUUUUCCGUUUCUUAAUCCUUUAGAUCUUUUCAGACUGUAUUUUGUGGUCAUAAGUUCUUCAGGGACUUUUGUCUCUGUCCUAUUUUCUUCUAGGUUCUGACAUUUCUUAAUUUCUAGAUUUUUUUUUUUUACUGCAACUGGUUUCUUACUUUCCCUGGCUCUGACAGGAAUUAUGUAUGUGUUUUUAGAUUUAAUUGGCCUUAUAAAUGAUUCAUGAAUUGGACAGCAUCUCAACUAGAUGCUCCCUGACAAUCAAGAGAAACAUGUAUUUCAUCAUUCAAGCAAAAUGUACAGUUGGACACCAAUUUUGAUUAAAACAAUAUGACUUUUUGUGACAGGAGCCUAUUGAUGUUUGGAAGGAAAGCUGUCUUCUCUUACAUUUUUUACCCUGGGUGGAGAGCAUACUAAAUUAAGUGCUUAUUCCUUCAAACAGAUAAUUAAUAUAAGUUUUUAUAUGGGAGAUAACAUUUGAUAUUCUUUCUUAAGUCUAAAUGUUGGAAUAUUGCAAAUAUUUUUAGGAACCAAACUCUGAAACUAAACACAAACUGAAGCAUAACAAAGAUGGUGAAGGAAUUUAAAUUUUAUGACAUCUGAAGAAUAUUUGAAGAACUUGGGAGAUUUCACCUGGGAAAUAGAGAGAGGAAUACAGUUAGGACAUUGGGAGCAAUACAUGGUGGCUCAAAGGUGUGGAUGAGACUCAAAGGAUAGAGGUCACAGGUUUGGGCUCUAUGUCAGGGAGGACUUUCUCCCCAAGCUGGUUCAUCAUGGAAGGGUGCCGCAGGUACAGUCUGUGUCAAGCAGAGGCUGGGGUAAGAACUCAGCAAAGAUGAUGUGGAAAGGAUCCCAGUUGGUUGGGGGUUAAACCAGAGGACUUAAUGACUUAAAAGUCUAUGUUACUGCACUUUGCCUCUCAUCACCUGCUAGAUAUGUUACCCAUAGUUCAUACUUUUUUAAGGUUUUGCUCUUCUACUGCAAGUCUAUCUUACCUUCCAUAGAGAGGCUAUUUGUCAGGUGCUCUUAGCUCCAAAGACUGGGAGCUCAGUCUUGUUGAAAUCUUGAGUUAAAAAUUUUAAAGAGGUAUUCUUUUAGUAAAGUUUUAGUAAAGUUACAUAAAAUCAUGGAAAUUUUUGCCAAAAAUAAAUCAUGUUUAGUUAAGUGAAAAAUUGGUGUGUCUUCAGGACUUCAGGAUAGGCCUUUUUAGCCUAAAGAGAACAGUAGUUUCAGUUAGAGUCCAUUAUAUACUGACAUAAAGUUUUUCAGCUCCUAUAUCAGAAAUGAGCUGGUGAAUCACUAGCAUAAAGUAGUCCACAGUAUCUAUUUUGGAAACUUCUCAUGAAAUUUGAUUUGUUAGUUUCACUCUCUUGCAAAAACAUGAUCUGAAAAUGAUUUUAGCAGAACUGAGGCCAAACUGCUCAUGUAGAAAGGAACAAAACACACAGCUUUGAAAUUAGGGAUAUCUAUAAGCAAUACUUGCAAAUAAGGUAAAUACCCAAAUGAGUUCAUUUGCAAAAUAAUUUGCAUCCUUGGUAGACUUAUAGAUGGCUCUAUCUUAAAAAAAAAAAAGAAGUCUUGCAUAGUGAGAAAUACAAGUUUGAGCAAGACCUUCUUUGAAUUCUUUGUUCAAACAAUUCAGUGGAUAACUAUGGAUAAGAGAACAAAAACUAGCCACCACUUCUUUAACUGGCCUUCUGAGGUAGAUGAGUCAAAAUUUACUUUCCCACUAAGUAAAGCAGAACUUUUUGAGAUGUUAUAGUUUAGUCCCUUAGGGACUGUGACUGACACUCGAGAUGGUGAAGUAGGGAAGUGUGAAGAAGGGGAAACACUGGUCAGUGUUGCCAAGCACCAGAUGUGACCUUAUACAAAGUGCAAAUCUCUUGAAUACCAGUUGUCUGUUAUAGAAUCAUAACAACUGUCAGGAUUAUUGUAAAAACUAGAUAAAUGGAAAGUUAGUAAAGUGCUUGGUAAACAGUAAGUAUACAAAUAUUUAUUUUCUUCUUUAUUAAAAGCAUACUUUGGAUCAUCUUGACAAGUCCUAAGGAGGACAAAACAAAGGUUUCUUUUUUGAUGUCAAAGAAAAGAGUUGCAUUUCUGAAAAGGCCAUAAAGGAAUCUCUCAUUUGGUCCAUUCUUCUGCCUUUGAGCAUUACUGUUACCCAAGAGACUCAUAUGUCAAGAAAGAUACUCCUUCCCUCUCUUUCCCAAUAGGCACUUCCAAGGGUUGUGAAACUCUUCAUUAUCAGGAAACUUACCCUUUUCACUGAAAUACCUCACAGUGCAAUUUAGACCUCUUUCUUCUUGAUCCCAUUGCCAUGUGAAUGAAAAUGGGUUGAUCCUAUCUUACUUUUGGGGGUCAUGUCUGCCAUUUAUUGACCAUUUGCCUUUUUUUUAAAGGUCAAGAAAAGCUCAUUAAGGUGAUAAUCAUUAUUCUGUUGAGGAAUAUCAGGCAAGGCAUUUAUAAACUCUUUGCUCUUAAUUGGUAUUAGAUUUAUACCCUAAUUUUACUGUUGACUAACUCUUCAAUUAUACAUGUAUUUUUCUUCAUUAGCUAUAAUCGACAACUGCUUCUGAAGAACUCUUCUGGUUGUGGCUUUUGUCUCCUUAAUAAAAAUGGAGUCAUGAACCCAUUUUGUUACCUGCUUCUAGAAUUUAUGACAUGAGUGGAUGGACAUUACCACCAACAAUCAAACUUAGCAAGGUUCCUUCCCCUUUCUAUGUGUGCAUUAAGUGCUGAAAUAAAAAUUGGUGUGCCAAAUGCCUAAUAAAGCAAGAAAUCAUGUACAGUGACAUAAAAUAAAAAUUUGGUCUGUUAGGAAAAUUUGCCCUUAGUUGGUACACAAUUUUUGUUUAAGGCUACACAGUUCGGCUUGGAUUAAAUACCAAGAGCAAACUUGAUAAACUCUUUGAAAAAUAGCUUCUAAAACAUAAUACUUCUGUUGUGUAAUCAUUAGAAAUAAAUAUUCUCUUGCCCCAUAGAAUUGCAGAGUGCUAGUGGAAUUUUCUGGUAGGCUAUUAAAUCUGAAUGUCACUUGAUUCAUUAAAUUUUUUAAAAUUCUCUUAUCCUUUAAGGUGUGUUGGGACUUUAUGUCCCUGUUGUAGAAAAUUUUAAAUGACUCGAAUGCUGGUUUCUAGUUUCUGCUCACUGCAGUGUCCUCUAGAAACCUCGGUGGUUGGAGCUCUCUGAUGAUAGGUAAGGGAGCUAUGUAAUAAUGUAUUUGGAUUAGUGUGAGUAAAGUUACUGUUUUCAUCAAAAAAAAGUUUGAAAUUUUAAAUAAUAAAGGGGUUAAGAAGAAAUUUUUGAUAAUCUAAAAAGAAAAAUGUGUGCCCAGAUGUAUUAUUGCACACAAUUUAAUGCAUGACUUUUAGUAUAGGGAUGAAAUCAAAUGAAAAAAUAUAUAAUUUCGAAGGUCUUCUCAGCAGCUAGUUAACAUAUUUAGAGAAGCUGUUUCAGGAAGACAGAGAAUCCUUGAUUUCCCUUCCCCUAUCAUUUUCCAUUAAAACAUGGAACUUAAAUAUAAAGUUUUAACACAAAUGUUAAUUAUCAAAAUUUAUAAACUCAGUUCUUAACAUGUUGGUUGUAAGCAUAGGCUCUCAGCAAUAUCUGACUAUACCAGUAUGAAAAAAUAUAACCAUCAGCUUCAAUGUAAACAUAAAACAUGACUUUAAAUGCAGAUAUUAACAGUGCUCUAUAUUAUGCUUCAUGUCUUUACAUUGUUUUUUGAUGUUAGAAAUAUAAGCCCAUGAUAUGAGUGGAAUUAGAUGAAAAUAUUAUGUAGGAAGGUGUGAAAACUUCAACAUUAAGAUAUGGGGAGAGGGAAAGAAAAUGAAACAAAGUAUUUUUAAAUGAGGUUGCAUCACUCCUGUAGAAGGUGAGAUAUAAUUCACACUAUACCACCUACCCCUUUAAAGUGUCCAAUUCAGUGUUUUUUUUCUUUAUAUUUUCAAGAAGUUGUAUGAUAUCACCACUUUCUCCAGAACAUUUUCAUCAUUUCAAAAGGAAACACUACCUACCGUCUCUCGCCCUAUUCUUCCCCCAGCACCUGGCAGUCUAAUCUACUUUUAGUUUCAAUAGAUUUGCCUAUGUUGGACAUUUCAUAUAAAUAGUACUGUACAAUAUAUGCUCUUUUGUGUCUGGCCUCUUUUACUUUGCAUAAUGUUUUUACAAUUUGGGUAGCUCAAAUUAUUUUAUGGCAAAAUAAUUUUCCAUUGUGUGUAUAUACUAUAUUUUAUUUUCCAAUGAUCAGCUGGUGGACAUUUGGAUUGCUUCCACCUUUGGGCUAUAAUGAACGAUGCUGCUAUGAAUAUUGUGUACUAGUUCUGUGUAGGCAUAUGUUUUCAGAUCUCUCUUAAAAUCAACUAAUCUAAGCAAAUGAAGUCAUCUGUGUUCAUUUAGCACACCCUCUUAAAAUCCUACUUAAGGAAUGCAAUUUAUAAUCUUAGACUGAUUAAUUAAGAGGUCCCUGAAUAGUGACUAACUCCCUUAGAUGUUCAUAAGAAUUUUUUAUGAUAAUCAAUUUCAUAAACACUGCUUUGGUCUUGUAGAAAUUGAGCUGUCUUCACAUCGAGAAUUCCUAAAGUCCUCUGUUUUAAAGACAGCUGGAAACCAUGUUGAAAAGGCGCCCUCACUAUGUCUCCGAGGAUUCAAUGAAGGAGCACUUUUAAUAUACAUUUUCUUUUAUAUAGAGACUGUCUUUUAAAGUUUGGAUUUUCCUUCUUGAAAUAAGGUUGUAAAUUGCCAAACCACCUAUCUAUCAUAGCUUAAGUUUUUAUUAUUAAGGAAUAAUUCAUACUGAGAGUCAAAGUAAAAAGAAUGUAUUUUGUGUGCAAAGGAUGAAUGUAUUAAUAACUUUUUAUUUGUAAAAAAAUUUUUAAAAAGAUGAAUGAAAUUG